CAGAACUGAUUUGAAAACAGGAAAAGCUUUUCAAGGAGUAAAACUUAAGCCUAAUGUAGCCGAACAUUUUGAAUUCUAUGCAGUAGCACCUAGCAGGUCUGAAAAAUAGAUUUGUUGCCAUGGCAUCUGAUCAGAGUUUACUCUUCCCAGAGGAAGACAACUCCUAUGAUAAGCUCUUCAAAUUAAAGACAACUCCACAGCAGGACACAGAUAAGGCAAACCAACCAGCAUUUAAUGCAGUGAGACCAGACCCAGGAUUCUGUUUAAAAACAAAAAUACAAAAUUCAAGCGAUAAAGUGUUCAUCAAUGUAUGCAGGUCAACAACUAUUCCUGCCCCUAAAGACAUCACUGAGGAGGAGCUACUGAGUAUCAUUGAGUCUCCAGAGCCUGGCAAAUACAGGGUUCCUAUGAGUAUUGGGGAACCACAUACAGAACAAGAUAAAUCUGGUCAGGAAUGCACAGCAUAUGAUGUCAUAAUACACAAAGAUUUCUAUGAGAAGGUUCAAACAAAACAAGUGUUUCAGGGCUUCUUCUUGACUAUUGUCCUUGAGGGACUGGAGAAUAAGUACCAGCUGGAGCUCAGUAGAGAUUGGAAGCUGCUGAAGAACAAGCGUUACAUGGGCACUAGCAUUGUAGAGCAGCAUAUACGCACCACAGCUAAACCCUGGAUUAUGGAAAUGGAGGGAGAAGGGAAGGAAGAUACAAACCAAGGUCCAAGUGAGUCUAUCAAAAUGGCAGAAGAACCAGCAUAUACAAUACUAAAGGAACCCCCAGAAGGCCACCCAGAAUACCUUGUUGCUGAUAUGCAUCUUCCAAAACUUAAAACAGCUGCCACUUUGACACUUGACAUUGGUGAAGACCGCAUUGUGCUACAGACUCGGUCCCUGAUAUACGGCCUUGAUAUCUAUUUACCUUACGACAUCAUACAGGAAGAUGCUGUUGCUCAAUUUAAUAGAAAAACUAAGGUGUUGUCCAUCACAAUGCCAGUGCAACCAUGUUGAGGACAUCACAAUCCGAGUGAAGCUUUGUUGACGACAUCACAAUGCCAGAGGAUCCUUGUUGAUGGCUCAUACGAGUCGCAUACAAUCACAUAUGACCAUAUAUGUGGUCCAGUGGAUGAUUCCACAAGUACAAUGCAACCAAAUGCAAUGGGACUUACUGUGUGACAUUAUAAUUGCAAUGCGACCUUAAGUAUGACAUCAUAAAGACAAUUUAACCUGGGUCAGGUGAUAUCGAUUUGUGGACACUUUAUGACCCUUAAAAAUUAAUGCUCUGUUUAGCAGUGCCUAAUUUGGUCAUCCUAAAACUUCCAUGUUCAUAUUUCUUCUUGCAUUUUAUAGAAUUUUUAUUGUGCGUUGACAUAUCUGCCAUUUUGCCA